AUGCUCUUUGAGGGCUUGGACCUGGUGUCGGCACUGGCCACCCUCGCCGCGUGCCUAGUGUCGGUGACGCUGCUGCUGGCCGUGUCUCAGCAGCUGUGGCAGCUGCGCUGGGCUGCUACUCGCGACAAGACCUGCAAACUGCCCAUCCCCAAGGGCUCCAUGGGCUUCCCGCUCAUCGGAGAGACCGGCCACUGGCUGCUACAGGGUUCUGGCUUCCAGUCGUCGCGGAGGGAGAAAUAUGGCAACGUGUUCAAGACGCACUUGCUCGGGCGGCCACUGAUCCGUGUGACUGGCGCCGAGAACGUGCGCAAGAUCCUCAUGGGCGAGCACCACCUCGUCAGCACCGAGUGGCCGCGCAGCACGCGCAUGCUGCUGGGCCCCAACACCGUGUCCAACUCCAUCGGCGACAUCCACCGCAACAAGCGCAAGGUCUACUCUAAGAUCUUCAGCCACGAGGCUCUGGAGAGCUACCUGCCCAAGAUCCAGCUGGUGAUCCAGGACACGCUCCGGGCCUGGAGCAGCCACCCUGAGGCCAUCAACGUCUAUCAAGAGGCGCAGAAGCUCACCUUCCGCAUGGCCAUCCGGGUGCUGCUGGGCUUCAGCAUCCCCGAGGAGGACCUGGGCCACCUCUUUGAGGUCUACCAGCAGUUUGUGGAGAACGUGUUCUCGCUGCCUGUCGACUUGCCCUUCAGCGGCUAUCGCAGGGGCAUCCAGGCUCGGCAGACCCUGCAGAAGGGGCUGGAGAAGGCCCUGCGGGACAAGCUGCAGUGUCCUCAGGGCAAGGACUAUGCAGACGCCCUUGACAUUCUCAUCGAGAGCAGCAAGGAGCAGGGCAAGGAGAUGACCAUGCAGGAGCUGAAGGAUGGGACCUUGGAGCUGAUCUUCGCGGCUUAUGCCACCACGGCCAGCGCCAGCACGUCGCUCAUCAUGCAGCUGCUGAAGCACCCGGCCGUGCUGGAGAAGCUGCGGGAGGAGCUUCGGGCCCACGGCAUCCUGCACGGUGGCAGCUGCCCCUGUGAGGGCAGCCUGCAGCUGGACACGCUCAGCAGCCUGCGCUACCUGGACUGUGUCAUCAAGGAAGUGAUGCGCCUCUUCACGCCCAUCUCGGGUGGCUACCGCACGGUGCUGCAGACCUUCGAGCUCGACGGUUUCCAGAUCCCCAAAGGCUGGAGUGUGAUGUACAGCAUCCGGGACACCCACGACACGGCCCCUGUGUUCAAAGACGUGAACGUGUUCGACCCCGACCGCUUCAGCCAGGCGCGCAGCGAGGAUAAGGACGGCCGCUUCCAUUACCUCCCGUUCGGCGGCGGCGUCCGGACCUGCCUGGGCAAACACCUGGCCAAGCUGUUCCUGAAGGUGCUGGCGGUGGAGCUGGCCUGCACCAGCCGCUUCGAGUUGGCCACCCGGACCUUCCCCCGCAUCACCCUGGUCCCCAUCCUACACCCUGUGGACGGCCUCAGCGUCAAGUUCUUUGGCCUGGACUCGAACCAGAACAAGAUCCUGCCCGAGACGGAGGCCAUGCUGAGCGCCACGGUCUAGGGGCACUGCCCCCCAUGCCCCACCUCGGCCCAACUCAGCUCAGGCACUGGGGUGGGCGUGAUGGAAGGGUAGAAACCUGUGUGUGGGAGGGGGCUGGAGCCCCCAUACCUGGCCCUCCCCUAAUCCCUGCCCUGGCAAACCCUACCUGAAGCCAAAAGGGCCCCACUUCCUGGAGGUGGGGGCUCUCCUGGGCUCCUGCUUCUCUCCAGCCUCGGCCUUGGUCCCCCAGGCCAGCUCGUGGGGGGUGGAGUGGGGUGGGGGCGGGGAGCUCUGCAUGCCCCCAACAGUGUUAUGGUCUGUUUGCUUGUAUCACAGUGUUUGCUUGUGUCCGGUAUCCCUCCCCUUUCCUCCCCUCCCGCUGCUUUUAGGCCCUUGGAGUUUAGAGUUGAGUCCCUGAGGGGUAGCCACCGUGACAGCCCUCACCUGCCAGCGGAGAGGUUUGAACUGGCCUAGUGGGGCCUCAGGACACAGGCUUGGCCUCAGCCGCCACUAAAGCAUGGUUCUCCACUCGAGUGGCGUCACCCGGAGUCAGGACUGACUCGGUGUCAUGUGGCUAGAGUGAGGAGGGAGAGAAACGGGUGCCCGCAUGGGCCCUCUGCUCAGUGUGCGCCCUGCGUUCUGCACUGCCCAGCGCGGGCCUGGUCCACAUGAAGAGCAGCAUCCUCUCGAUAACAGAAGACAAGCCAACCUGGCGGGAGGGGGUGGGGUGGAGCCCGCAGCCGUCCCUGGAGGGGCCACUGUCCUGCCAGCCUGGACCUUACAAAGUACCGAUUGGGGCUACUUGUCCUCUUCUGUGGUCAUGGGGCAAAGGUGCUCCCAGCACCCCUCCUGCUGGCCCUGGGGACGCCCACUGACCUCUGAGAGCUCCCAUCUCCAGACCUUGUUCUCCUGUUACCUCCCUGAGGUCCUGGGCACCCUGUCCCCCACCCCCCCUGUAUUUAUUCACCACCUCUCCCCAUUGUUAGGGGUUGUAGCUCACAGAACCUCCUGCCCCAGUCUCUCUUCCACUCCCGGGCCAAAUUGCUGAGUGUGAGGAGAGGGCGCUGGUCUCCCAAUGGAGCAGGCUCUCUGGCCUACAGUUGAACCUUCUCCGGGUCCAGAAGUUAUUUGGGUUCAAUCUCGAGCAUGGCUCCUGGCCGGCACGAAACCCAGCGCCUGGGUGCUCUGUCUCCUGGUGGAGACAGGCACGGCCCACUGGCACCCUCCCUGUUCUGUCAGCUUGCUCACCACCAUGAGGAGGCCACCACAGCCCCCUCCUCACCCCGGGGAGCACGCUGGCCAGAGAGCGAGGGCGGCUUUGGUGGGAGUGUAACCUCGGCUUCCCUUCCUUGACCCUCUGCCCUCAGCCCAUAGGACGGUGCCCUCGAAGCCCCUCCCCACCUCUGUGCAGUCACUGUCUGCUUAGCCCAGCUGAGGAGGGAGGGCGGGAGCAAGAUGAAAGCCAGGGGGAGGUGAGUGUGGAAGAUAAGCCCCCUCCCCCAGCCUGCGGGGCAUGGGGGCUAUAAGGGGCUGAGGAGCAGGCAUGUGUGAUGUGGUCAGAGAGAUUGGAGAGCCGGGCACGAUGGCAGUGGAGAGAAUAGCUCCUGGUGCUGGCAUUUGGAGUGUGGGUAAUUUGGGGGGCCUCCCUAGGUGGUUGGGGGGACCUUGGAUGAGUCUAAGCAAUUUUGCCUGUUUGUAGAAUUUUGUUUGCUUCCUCUGCCUGGCUUUCUAUUGGCUUUCCAUGUGAUAAAAGUAAGGAGCCCUCUUUAGAAGGAAAUAAGCACACUAAAGAAUGAAGCACUUGACCCCCAAGUUGCCCCUGCUGCCACUAACACCCCCCAGAUGGCCGUCCCGGGCCCCCGGCCCUGCUAUGUGACAUGGAGGGGGGGGCCUCACCCUGCAGAAGGCUGAUUGCCACUCUUCUGGCUCCGACCUCCACUGGGCAUAGAAAAACACAAGGACCUUGCUGUAGGUUAGACGUCAUUAACUCCCCCCUCCCCCGCUCAAAGGCAUUUAAAAAGAAAAGGUGGUAAAAUCUCCCAAAUUCUGGAAAAGAGGCAAAUGUGAAGACUCUCAAAGAUUGCGGAGGGGCCUCCCCUCCGCUCCGGGACUGGCCACUCGCCAGGACACCGAGUCCAGGCUGCUUUUCCAGGCUGACCCAGGAGCCGGCUCCGGCAGACUCCAGGGGAGCAGGAAGUGAAGUUUCAGACUGAAGCCCACCUGGCUGGGCUCUAGGAGGGAGGAGGCAGGAGCUGGGACAGGGGGCAGCUGGGAAGGGGACCGAGAAAGGAAAGCAGAGGGGUGGGGGAAAGAAGAGUC